CGUUCUGCGCACACCAUUUGUGUUACAUUAGCCCAGAAAUGGGAGUUUAAAACCUUCGAGGCUGCUUUUUAAUCUCCUUAUCUUAUCGCAAUUUGAUAAUUUGUCAUUCAUUUAUUUCAAUGGAUGAAGAUAAAUUGAGCGUUGCAUCGAUUUCUAAUCGCUCUCUUACUGCGUUUUUUUGACCUGUGACCUUGUUUUCAUUAAGUCGCGAGACUCUUUGUUUUAUAGAGUGUGAUUUUCUGAAUUGUAUCACUAACAUAUGAAAUAAUUUUUUCUCAUACAAGUUUUUCGGUUUUCAGUUGUGAGCAAGUUUUGAUUCUAUUUUAUUGGAAUUUUUUGGUUGCAUUGAAAAUCGUCUUUGCAUUAUAAAAAGUUAUACCGAGGAUUUGCUCGAUAAAAAACCGUCUCAACAUGCUACAAAGAAACAUAUUCGCAUUAGAGAUUGAAGAGCGUCAAGUUUAUCAUUAAAGUCAAUGGCUCAAGCUCAUUUUGAUUAUUUCUCGUCUCUUAUACUUGAACCAUGUUAAGCUGAAGUUCGUUCAUCUCCCAAAACAAAAGGCGGCUCGGAAUCACAAAUUAUAAUACACAAAAAUUCAAAUAGUUAUUAAUUAUACCUUUCUGAAAAACAUCGAUCUAACGAAGUUAAACAUGAGUGUAGACUUGAAUUCGUGUUAUGAAGACAAAAACAAUACUCCUCGUUACUUUUACGCCAGAGAAAGGAGUCCAUUAUGGUCCAAUUACCGAACUCUUGGAUCGAUUAGGGCAUCGGAACUUUCUAGAAGAAUUGGGCACAUCGCAACACCCACAGGUUUCACGGAGAGACGACUUCAGAAUAAGAAUCAACAAACCGAAACCCAUCAAGAUCUCGAAACUAACAAAAACGCGAGCAAAAACUUGAAAUGUCUCAACUGCGGUUUGAAAGGACAUACAAUUUUAAAAUGCGAUAAGAUUUCAAGAUUCAAUGACUUGAGUUGCCGAGAACCGUCCAACUAUUUCUCGGAUAGCGAGGAGUCCAAAAAGAUGUUCCGAAGAAGCUUCAGUAGUCGAGGUUCAGCAGACCGAAACUCUUCCGGCUGCUUCAGUAUUCAGAAAGACAUAAGCGUUGAAUCGAAUGACUCAAAGAUUACAAGGUGUCGGCUUUGUGGCCUAAAAGGUCAUUUGAGUUUAAACUGUCAUCGUAACAGCUCUCCCAAUCACAAAAAAUGGAGCAUUCCUUUUCCCUCCCAUUUAUCAUACGUUGAAUCUCCAUUAUUUUUGAAAAAGAAUUUGGAUUCGGCUAGUAUCGAAGAAUCAGAUUACGAUUCUCCGAGUAAAUCAACAACUCAAGGUGCUAAUUUCCUUGGUGCAAGCUUGCCUGCGUCAUCGCUUCUUCAAACUCCGCUUAAAUUCCGACAAGAUUUGAGUCCAAUUUCCGACAACGAAACUCCGUCGACCAUGUCGUUGCCAUCUCGAUUUAAACGACCAAAACCAAAACGCGUUCGCAUUGAUGUGAACGGUGAAUGUGGGGGUUCGGUUCCGUGGCGACCAGCAUUAUCAGGUGCCGAAACGGAUAACGACAGCGGUCUCGGAGUUUGUUCGAGUGAUGCAGAUACGAAUCCGCUAGACAUGUUUAAAAUUCUAGAGAAUUCUAUAAAACAAUACGAGAAAGAGUUCGAAGAGAAACUUCACUUCGAUUUGGAACAUCACAAUGAACCGUCCGAUAUUACGAAUGGUCAAUUGGCAGAUGAACUAAAUCAGACAAAUGGAGAUACAAAGACGGCAACGUCUCAUGACCAGCCAGAGAAAAAGUUGCAUAAACUGAGACUAAAGCUGAUCAAAUCUUGGUUCAAAAAAUCGACCCAAAAUAAAUGAUUCAAUUAAUUAUUUACAUGAAUUACACCAAUUGCAUCAAUGAAUAUGUUUCACGCAUCAAAAAUAAUGGUUUGAGUUAAUAAUAAAUAACAUUUGUUAAUUUAUUAAACCAUUUUAGUCAAGGGAAAUAAACUUUCAAGCUAUGGAAGAUUUGGGUAAUUUAGUUGUUGCGGCUGGUGAUAGUAGUUUAAAGGGCGGGUGCGUCUUCAACCAUUCCCCCUUAUUUGUCGCAAAUGUGACUUUUCUUUCACAAAAAAGUUCAGUCACAAAAACUGCUCUUAAAUUUCAUUACCCUUUAAAUGUUUUUAAGAA